AUGCUGACAGAUAUUGCUGAAUGUCAGCUUUGUCUUCCAGGAUAUUACUGUGACCUUACAGCUCUAGAAUACCCCAGAGGUCUAUGCGAUGCUGGCUUCUAUUGCACAGAGGGAUCUAAUUCAUCUAAUCCUUCACUGACUACAGCAACUGGUGGACCAUGUCCUGUGGGAACAUAUUGUGAAACUGGAUCAAGUCAGCCUGUCAAUUGUGUUGCAGGAACCUAUAAUAAUCUUGAACAACAACAAAGCUGUUUAGAUUGUCCAGUUGGGUAUUAUUGUGAAGAAAAGGCAAUUUCAACUACUGAAUGUGCUCCAUCUCAUGGUGUAGUGACCCCAAAAGUAUGUCCAGCUGGAUUUUAUUGCUAUAAUGGAACUAAAACAGAUAGAGAAUACCCAUGUCCCCUUGGAACCUAUAGUAACACUACCAGUUUAGAAAGUCUUACUGAAUGUAGAGAUUGUCCACCUGGUUAUUAUUGUGAAGCAGAAAACAUAACAGAACCUACAUCAAAAUGUUUUGCUGGCUAUUACUGUGUGUUAGCAUCUGCCACACCAGCACCAAGCUUAUCAUCUGUGGGUGGACCUUGUCCUCAGGGCACGUACUGUCCAAAAGGAUCAUCACAAACUAUACCAUGUCCACAAGGAACAUAUGGUGAUAGACCGCUACUAACAGCUUUAUCUGAAUGCUCAGUUUGUCCUCCUGGAGAGUAUUGUGCUAUUUCUGGAUUAUCAGCUCCAAAUGGCAGUUGCUUGGCUGGUUACUUCUGCACCAAUGCUUCUGAAGAAGCUAAUCCAGUUGGAAAAAGUUAUGGAGACGAAUGCCCAGUUGGAUACUACUGUCCUGAUCAUAGUUAUCAACCAACAGCAUGUCCUGCUGGAACCUACCAACCAUUUAAUAGAAGAGUCAAUGAUUCAGACUGCAUACCAUGUAGCCCUGGCAAAUUCUGUAACAUCACUGGGGCAGGACAGGAAGCGGGAGAUUGCAAUGAAGGAUUUUAUUGUAUAGGUCGGGCUAGUGCUCCUUCGCCCUAUGAUGGUAUUACUGGUAAUAUCUGUCCAUCAGGAUCAUAUUGUCCUGUAGCUUCACCUCAACAUUACUAUUGUCCAAAUGGUACCUAUACCAACCAUUCUGGUGCAGCAGUAUGCUAUGAUUGUCCAGAUGGUCAUUAUUGUGUCAAUAGAGAUAGAGCUGAUCCUUGUUUGCCAGGUAUGUUUGAUGUUAUUUUAGGAGAAAUAUGA